AGACAACCAAUGGGCAGCCGGUCUUUUCUGCAGGGGGCGGAGUCUAGAGGCGUGUGCAGCCGGGUUCGGGAAACAAAGAGAAAAAAAAGAGGGAGUGGGAAGAAAGGCAAAGUGGAGCGGCCGGGCGCGGCGUGUAUGUGCCGGUGCGUGCGGGCGAUGUGUGCGGUAUCCAUGAGCUGAGGGCCCGCUGUGUGAGUGCGCUGCGAUCGCCAUGCCGGGCGGUAGUGGAGGAGGAGGGAGCACCGCGGCCUCCUGGAUACCGGAGCUGGAGGAGAUCCGGGCGAGGCUCGCCGCACUGGAGGCCCCGGCGGAGGCUGAGGACGAGGAGAGGCCCGGGGACGAGGAGGCCGCUGUCUAUCCCGGGGACAUGCUGCUGCUGGGGGGGCAGUACCCGGGCGGAGCCGAGCAGGCCGCCAUCACCGUGCGCAGGAAGAGCGUCAACACCAACGAACUGGUGCCCGUGCCCAGCUCCGAGCAUGUCGCCGAGAUUGUGGGCAGACAGGGUUGUAAGAUCAAAGCUCUGAGGGCAAAGACGAACACGUACAUCAAAACUCCAGUCCGAGGAGAAGAGCCAGUAUUUGUCGUCACUGGAAGAAAAGAGGACGUUGCCAUGGCCAAAAGAGAGAUUCUCUCGGCAGCUGAACACUUUUCUAUGAUCAGAGCAUCUCGCAACAAAAAUGGCCCUGCUGUAGGCAGCACCCAAUGUACCCCCAACCUUCCAGGUCAAACUACAGUACAAGUGAGGGUACCUUAUCGGGUGGUUGGCCUAGUGGUGGGGCCAAAGGGAGCUACAAUAAAACGCAUACAGCAGCAAACUCACACCUACAUCGUCACUCCAAGCCGAGACAAAGAGCCGGUCUUCGAGGUCACUGGGAUGCCGGAGAAUGUAGACCGUGCCCGCGAGGAGAUUGAAAUGCACAUAGCCAUGCGUACAGGCAAUUUUAUUGAGCUGAAUGAAGAAAAUGAUUUCCACUAUAACGGUACAGAUGUGAGCUUUGAAGCAAGUGGCCUGGCAGCCAAUUGGUUAAACGCUAAUCCCACUGCCUCUGGCUGUGCAAAGAUGGUCUCCAACUACCGAAAUGAUAGCUCCAGUUCUUUGGGGAGUGGCUCCACGGAUUCAUUCCUUGGAAGUAAUAGGUUGGCCGAUUUUAGUCCAACCAGUCCGUUCAGCGCGAGCAAUUUUUGGUUUGGAGAAACCAUGCCAACCAUGGGCUCCGAAGAUCUCACAGACACCUCUGCCUUCGAUCCAAUACCAUCUCCCUCUGAGGUUACAUGGCCUCUUUACGACCCAGCAAAUUCCCUCUCCGGCUUUGGAAAUGAUGUCGCUGCUAAAUCUCAGCGUCGAGGCAGCAUGUCUCCUACCUUUCCGGAAGGCUUGGAGUACCCCCUCACCAGAAGUAUUAGAAGUGACCUUUCAAGCACAAGCGAGGGUGGGCUUCCCAUCUACAUCCCUGCCUUCUCCAAUGGUACCAACAGUUACUCUUCUUCCAGUGGCGGCUCCACAUCCAGUUCUCCCCCAGAGAGCAGGCGGAAGCACGACUGCGUCAUCUGCUUCGACAACGAGGUCAUUGCCGCCCUCGUUCCUUGUGGCCACAACUUCUUCUGCAUGGAAUGUGCUAAUAAGAUCUGCCAGAAGGAUAUGCCCCUGUGCCCGGUCUGCCAGUCUCCAGUCAACCAAGCAAUACAAAUCCAUUCAUAGAUGUAUUGCAGAUAUUUAUAUAACAAAGACAGAAACACUCUAUAGCAAUCUUCCUCUAACAUCUAUAUAUAUAUCUAUAUAGUCACAUUUAUGGGAAAGGCAAGAGUCAGGCUGAAUAAAGUUAAAAGAAACUGCUGCUACCACCUCCUUAUAGAGUUACUGCAUGCCCAGAUCGACUGUGGUGGUGUCCAGUUAAUUGGCAUUUAGGUCUUUGAUGUUGGUAUAUAGUAUACUUGGUAAAUUUAUGAUUUCCGGUUAGUUUACAUUCACAAAUAUGUUUACAUGGGUGGAAACAAGUGUCUAUAUUUCUAAUGUUGAUUGACUGCCUUUACGUAAGGUUGGCUCCAUGAAUAAUAGGGUUGAGAAUUGUAGUGAAGCCUCUCCACGUCUGAACAUCAUGUACAUCUAAAGAUCAUCCACUAUUGUAAAUGUAUCUAAAAGUUUCCUUCUCAGUUACAUUAGAAAUAUCUCCAGAGCCGCAUUCACAAUUCUGCACUCUAUUAGUAGUGUAGAGAUCUACAAAGUGGCCAUACACUGAAAUACAGGAGUAUUGAGUAUUCUAAGUAAACAAUUGUAGGGGAUAUGUUAAAUUUUAUUUAAAAAAAAUAAAUUCUAAUCAACCCCCUCUUUUCUAGUUUUUAAAUUAAAAAUCUUUAAAAAAAAGGAAGAAAAAAAAAACAUAAUUUGUAUUAAGAUGUCCAGAGAUAUCCCAGCUGUUAAAAUUUAUUGAUCAGGUAAAAGAGAAAAAAAAACUUUGCCAAAAUUAGUGUUUUCUGCUCCCCUUACCUAUCAGAAAAUACAGAUUAAUAGCCAUUAAUCGAAAGUAGAAUUUACCAUGCGUAAACUUACCAUGCAAAAAAAAAAAGAGCCCUCGCACAGCUCCGUAGAUAGAGAAAUCUCUAAAAAUCAACCCUUCUACUUAGUUUAGCAUGAAGGGAAUGUAAUGCCUAGAUUAUCUAUGCCGCAUAGAGCCAUAUUCCGAAACAUGUUCAGUGUUUUUUUUUCCCCCUCUAAUCCAGAUCUAUUUUCUUUUUGUAUUUAAUUUUAAUGCAUUGUUAUGGGAUUGGCCAUCUUGUCUGAGCCGUUUUUAUAGCAUUUAGACAGGAGCUGUCCCAUUGACAUGAAUGGGAAAAGUUACUGGGUUGGUUCGGUGACCUUUUAAAUAGAUCAGCCCACAGGGCGGGGGAGAGGCUGAGCUGUGAGCUUCAUUUUCUGUCUUCUCUAUCUCCUGUUGUCACCUUUUUGCUAUAAUUCUAUAUUGAUCGCUUCCCUGAAGCCUCCUCCUUAUCCCAGCCUAAUUUUAGGUUUAGGAUUAUUUUAAAAUGUAGAAAAUUAGAAGUAAAAAAUAAAUAAAAUGUUUAACAAAAAAAAAUUGGGUAGGUAACAAAAUAGGUAAUUUUGAUGGCCUAAUCUUUUCAUAAAAAUAAAUAAAUUAGUAAACCUGCAGAAUUUUGAAUGCAAUUCUGAAUGUGACUGGACAGUCAUGUGACACCAGAUAAGAUUCAGUUCACACUGUAAAAUAAAUAACGGCACUGCCAGAAAUCACUAGAUUUCCUGAAGUCACAAGCAUUAAAAAUGCCAUAUGGUACUAGAUCAGCAGCGUGAAUAUUGCCAAAGUAAAAUUUGACCAUUGUUGCUUCUAUUUAUUUCUUGAGGGGGGGGGGGGACUAAAAUCAAAGGAGAGAUUUAUCAAAACCUGUCCAGAGGAAAAGUUGCUCAUAGCAACCAAUCAGAUCGCUUCUUUCAUUUUUCUGAGGCUUUUCAAAAAUGAAAGUGAUCUGAUUGGUUGCUAUGGGCAACUCGGCAACAUUUCCUCUGCAGGUUAUGAUAAAUCUCCCCCAAAGUGAAUCUAAGGAAGUAAAAACCUAUGCUAAAAAUGUCUUCCCAUUUGAUUGGAUUUUGUUUACAAAUCUAAAAACAUGGCAGCCAGAUUUGCCACCCCCAUAUUUAACCCUUCAGUGGAGUUCUACAAUGCUGUUCAGAGAUGGUGUUCACGGACAGGCAGCAAAUAAUGUGGCAGUAUUUGCUAAAUUUUUUUUAUUUUUUUUCGAGCCCAUCAUUGGGCGCUCUAGUGGAAGUACCCACCACAAGGACUGUAAGGGCGCCAACUUUGACAAAACGUCUCUGGAUUUAAGCUUUACAAUGCACAAAACAGCUAAUAGAGAAUGCUCCAUUCCAACUAUUAGUCUGACGUCAUUCAAUCUGUUCUUUUGAGAGAAUUAUUCUAAAUGUGAAUACGUUUUUAUGAGCCAGCCAUGACUUGAAUGAAUUUUAGCUUUACUUAACCAAGGGAAAGGCUGGGACUUUUUGACUAUACUCCAAAUUUUGUUUUUAAGAAUUUUUAUUAAUUAUUUUAAUUUUUUUUUCUUGAGAGGGGAAAUAAACAUCAGCACCACGCGAAUUGUAGGAGGCGUUUAAUAAAAAAUAAAAACAUUUUUAGUUUUUGCAUUUCAGCCUGUGGAUUUAUGUAGUUUAAAUCGUUCAGUCCAAUAAUAAUACACAGUACAAUAUUUUUUCUUUUGUUGUUGCAGAAAAAACUCCCUAAGGACUUUUUAUAUUUUUAGAAUUUACAUUUUUUUUUUUCUUCAAUUUUUAUUUUUUUUUUUCACAACACAAAACUAAAGCUGUAAAGUCUGUGUACUGACUAUUAAAUAUAAAUCUUUAUUUUUUAUUUCCACUUGAAGUUACAUUUCGUAUAAAUAUAUAUAUAUAUAUUAAAAAAAAAAAGUUUACAGAUUACUGUUCUGGGUUUAUUUUUAUUUCAGAAUUUUAUUUUAUUUUUUUCGGGAGAGUGGGAUGGGGAUAUAAUAUUUUGCCUUGAUGGCAUACUUAUAUUAUUAUGUAUUGCAAACUCUCAAUGCUAAUCGCUUGUAGAAUAGCUUAAGUCAGUAUUGGAACAUUUUAGCUGCCGUCUUAGCAAGUUCGCACGAACGUUCGCCAAGCAUGUGUUUUAUAUAUACGAAAAAGUAUAAAAAAAAAAUAUAUAUAUAUAUAUUAUUGCAUCGUACACGGCAACUAACAAGCCAAGGAGUUAACCCUAUACAUUAGAUGCGUGUACCAUUUAUAUUAACUACAAAAGGUUAGUAUGGAAAAUCUAUUAAUAUAGUUUAGUAUUUGCUAAUUUUACUACACUUUUGUUAUGUAUAUGUAGGGAAGUAUAGGGAUUAUAAAUUCAGUUUGAGUAAAGGUUAAAAACCAUAUAUUUUAUGAUAAAGGGCCUUUAACUUAUUACGGCCAAAGCACUGAUAUUAUAUAUUUGCUGUAAAGAGAAUUAUAAGAGUUUUAUUUUUUGGAUAUUAAACGUUAAUAAAGACAUGUUUCCAUUAA